CAGCUGGGGGGCCUGUGUGGGACCUGUGUCCGCCGGGACCCAGCCCAGCUCCAAGUCCUGCUGGUGUCCCCGGAGGACGCAGCCCAAGUGGACAGCAAUGGGUGGACAGGUCUCAUGGUGGCUUGCUGCCACGGCUUUGGGAGCAUCGUGACCCUGCUCAGGCACUGCCCUUCCCUCGAUGUGGACCAUCAGGACAAAGAAGUGGACAUGGCCCGCAUGCUGGCUGCACAAGCAGGACACGUGCCUCUGGGGUGUGUCCUGCUCAACUUCUUUGCGGGCCUGGACCUGGAGCACCGAGACCAGCGUGGGCUCACAGCACGGAUGAAGGCGGCCGUGUGGGACCGGGCUGACCUGACAGCGGUGGAUCCCGUGCGGGGCAGGACAGCCCUGGAGUGGGCGGUACUGACCGACAGCUUCGCCACAGUGCAGAGAAUCUGGCUUCAGUGGCGGCCACACACGGAACAACUCAGCCGGCACUUCCAGCCCCAGUGGCCGAGGCUGGCCGGGGUCGUGGCCCCAGCAGCAACCUCUCCAUCUGUCCUGGAGCGACUGAUGUCCACCUUAUGCCUCUCCUUUGUCCAGUCUCCUCAGGAGGGAGGUGUCCUGGACCACCUUGUGACGGUCACAACCAGCCCGGCCAGUCACUUCCUCCCCACUGCCUGCCACACCCUGUGUGCAGACGACCCUCCAGCACGGGGCACCCGGAGUAAGUCUGUGCCAGAGUUGCUGGGCACUGCCCUGCCACGUGUCCCUUGCCCGCAGCCCCCCCAAGGUUGCCCUGGUCCCCGGCUCCUCACCCCUUUCCGGAGCCCCCAGGGCCUGUUGAGCGUGUGCUCUGGGUGGCUCCGGCCCAGGGACAGCCCCAGGAUCAUCCUGUGCAAGGCACCACAAAUGCCCAGGCCUGCAGGACAGCCGCACAGCCUGGCACCCCCGCGAUGGCAGUACCAGGUCAGGAGGACACGGAGGACAGAGCAGACGGGCGAGAUCAAGUAA